CCUCCUCACGCGCCACGAUGGCACCGCAGCCGCAGCCGCACGCCCCGCGCCCGCUCGAUGCGCCGCUCGCCGCCUCGCAGGUCGGCUUCGGCCUCGUGCGCCUGCCGCUGCCCUUCGCCGUCGUGUGCGCACGCUGCGGCGCGCACACGCCGCGUGCAGACGUCCUCGAUGCGUCGCGCAGACGCCUGCGCGCGGCAGAGGGGCACGAUGUGUGGAGCUACUCGGCAGCGCUGCCGUGCUGCACGCAGGCCGUCGAGCUGCGCGCCGACACGCGGUACCUCACAUACACCGUCGUCUCGGGCGGCGCCGCCGAGCGCGCCACCGACGAGGAGGCGAUCUUCGAGGAGCUGCGCGACCUGACGACGCGCUGGGCCGUCGCCGCCACCGAGGCGUCGCACUCGCACCGCACCGUGCCGACGUUCGCCUCGGCGCCCUCGCCCGGCGCGCUCGCCGGCCUGGCGCCCGACUCGCACCACUAUGCGCCGUCGUCGUCGGCGCGCUCGCGCAGCGGCAGCACCGCGUCGGGCAGCACCUCUGCGCGCACGCUUCUCGGCGGGCGGCCAGGCGCACGGCAAGCACGCAUUGCAGCCGCUACCGCUGCUGCACACGCCGAGACGACGUCGAGCGCGCAGCUGCGCCGCAUCUUUGCGCACGAAAGAGCUCGUCGCGAGCUGCCUGGCGGUGCGCCGCCCUUGACGACCAGCCGCAUGCUCGGUGCCUCUGCCGCCUUUCGCUCGCGAGAGGGCGUCGGCAUCGGCGGCAGCGAUGGUCGUGGCGGCGGCACGACUCGGCUUGCUCCUCCACCUCGUCCGUCGGCUGCGCCUGCGCCGCCGCAGCCGCGCAACCGCACCAGCGUGCCACUGCCGCGGGCGCUCGAGGAGCUGGCGCGGCCGACGACACGCGAGCGGGCGGCGCAGCAUCUGGGCGAGAGCGCUGGCGCCUCGGCCCUCGCGCGGCGCCUGGGACAAAGAGCGCGCAAGCAAGCCGAUCCGUUUGAGCGCGAGAUGCGCGAGAGCGUCGAGCGUGGACGGGCUCUGCGCACAAGGGGCGCGAGCUGAGCGCGGACUAGCGCUGCGGGGCCAGGAGCGCUGGGCCAAGAGGCCGCGAGCGAAAUCGCGGGGGAGGGGAGGGUUCACUGCAUCAUACCCACGGCAAUCAUGCGCAUCACAUUGAGC